AUGGCGUCGCCCACAGCAGAAAGCAUGAUGGACACGCAGUCCGAUAAAAAGGGGAAAAAGAAACAAACUCAAGUGGAUGAAUCAGAAUUGCUGACUGUGCCUGAGGGAUGGAAAGAACCUACUUUCACAAGAGAGGACAAUCCCAGAGGUCUAUUGGAGGAAAGCAGCUUUGCUACUCUUUUCCCAAAAUACAGAGAGGCCUACCUGAAAGAGUGCUGGUCACUGGUGCAGAAAGCCCUUGGAGAUAUUUUCAUUAAUGCCACACUGGACCUGAUUGAAGGGAGCAUAACUGUAAGCACCACUAAGAAGACCUUUGACCCAUAUGCCAUCCUGAGAGCAAGAGACCUAAUAAAGUUAUUGGCCAGAAGUGUACCAUUUGAGCAGGCUGUUCGAAUACUUCAGGAUGACAUGGCCUGUGACAUCAUCAAGAUUGGUACUCUUGUCCGUAACAGGGAACGCUUUGUGAAGAGGAGACAGCGACUAAUUGGCCCCAAAGGGUCAACUCUAAAGGCCUUAGAGCUUCUCACCAACUGUUAUGUGAUGGUGCAAGGCAAUACAGUGUCUGCUCUGGGUCCGCACAGUGGUUUGAAGGAGGUACGGAAGGUGGUAUUGGACACUAUGAAGAAUGUACACCCCAUUUAUAAUAUAAAGACCCUCAUGAUUAAACGUGAGCUGGCGAAUGACCCAGAGCUACGCACUCAGAAUUGGGAGAGGUUCCUGCCCAAGUUCCAUCACAAGAGUCUUGCUAAACGAAAGCAACCAAAGAAGAAGAAGAUGAAAAAGGAAUACACGCCUUUCCCACCACCACAACCUGAAAGCAAGGUUGACAAAGAACUGGCCACAGGAGAGUUCUUCCUGCGAGAAAGUGAGAAGAGGAGGAAGAAAAUGAAUGAGAUAAAGGUGAAACAAGCUGAAGUACUGAGUAAGAAACAAGAAGAGAGAAACAAGGCCUUUAUUCCUCCCAAAGAGAAACCUACUGCAAAGAAGACCACAACAGCUCCGAAAGAGGCAAAAAUUGACAUUGAGGCAAUCAAGGAAAAGGUGAAGAAAGCAAAAAUGAGGAAGCUUGGAGCUCCUCCCCUGGAUGAGACAUCUCAAAGCAUACUCUCCACCCAUGAGAAGAAGAAAAAGAAAAAGAUGAGCUAACAUCAGAGACUUGCUUGGACUGUAAAACUUAGUGUCUAAUGCUACAUCUGUGACUGUAGCUGUACCCAGGAGUUGUUCUUUUUGUAUAUUAUUGAUUGAUCUUUGAGUUUGGCCAUGAACAGUUGCUGAAAGUCUCCCUUUUCAUGGCAUUUCAUAUAUGUGUUAUUAUUUGAGCAUAUUUUGUCCCGUUCCUCUUUUUAUAUCUGCAUAUAUGUAUA